GGCAGGAAGGGUCCCCGCAGCCCCCGCUUCCCGGGUUGCGGCUGAGCUGGGCUCUGCCAGGGGUCCGGAGGGAGGCAGCCCCGGCCGUACCGCUGGCGCGGAAGCAGCCGCCCCCCACUUCCUCCUCCCCCACCAGCGGCUCCAUGCUGCGGCUGUCCCGAAAGCCCCGGCGACAGCAUCAACAUCGCCCUGCGGGACCGGCCCCUUAGAGCCGCCGCCGCUCCGCCCCGCCCUGCUAGAGCAGGUCCGCCCGCGGCCGGGCAUGGCUUGGCCGCGGCGGGGGUGGUCCCGCUCCCCGUCCCGGUGCCGGCGGGGCAGAGCGGCGGCGGGCGGCAUGGGGGCGGCGGGGCGGCGGGCGCUGCGGCAGGCGCUGCGGGCCGGACUGGCGCUGGGCGUGCUGGCGCUGGUGCUGCAGGGGCUGCGGGGCUGGCUGACCUCCAAGCGGUACGAGUUCACGCCCGCCGAGAUCGCCCAGCUCGCCCGGCACCACGCGGGGCUGGACCACGAGCUGGCUUUCUCCAAGAUCAUCGUGGAGCUACGGAAGAAGCACCCAGGCCAUAUCCUGCCAGAUGAAGACCUGCAGUGGGUGUUCGUGAAUGCAGGCAGGUGGAUGGGCUCCAUGUGCCUCCUGCAUGCCUCACUCACCGAGUAUGUGCUGCUCUUUGGGACAGCCGUCGACACCGGGGGCCACUCAGGUCGGUACUGGGCAGAUAUCUCCAACACCGUCAUCUCAGGGACCUUCCAGCAGUGGAAGGAAGGGACCACCAGAAGUGAGAUCUACUAUCCAGGUAAGCGCAGCAGCCACGGCGCCCUGCAGGCUGUGUCCAUGUCCUGGGACAUGAUUGCUCUGUGGGCUGGUCCUCCGCUGUCGCAGAGCCUCUUCCUUCCAGCUGGCAGAAGCCAAGAGCUCAGGAUGGGGCAGUUUGUGUCCCCUGGGGCACAUCCCAGCAUCUUAGUGGGUGCCAGUAAGAGAAAAGUGAGCAAGACUGGGGAGGGGUUGGGGUGCGCAGACCGGGGUGCUCAGCCCUGCAGGUCCUGGUCCCACCCAUCUCUUUGGGAACGAUAUGGGGCAGCUGCUGGGAGCUGUGCUGGUUGUGUGUGUUGGCAGGGGACACCAUCGUGCACCAGGCGGGAGAGGCCACGUCGGUGCAGUGGAGCGCAGGCACCUGGAUGGUGGAGUACGGCCGGGGCUUCAUCCCCUCCACGCUUGCCUUCGCCCUGGCUGACACCCUCUUCAGCGCUCAGGACUUUGUCACCCUCUUUUACACCCUGCGCGUCUACGCCAAGAGCCUGCUCCUGGAAGCCAAUGCCUUCUUCAGCACCUUGGGCUGCUGAGCCUGGCUCACUGGGGUGCCCUGCUGGGCACAGCUGGCUCCUCUCCUCCCAGCCUUCCUCCCCUUUCCUCCUCCUCCUCCCCAGGCUCUAUCAGAGGCAGCAGGAGACCCCCUAUGCCUCCCCCCAAUUGCUCUGUCCUUCCCCAUGGGCCAGCUGGGUACCAGGACAGAGGGACCAUGGCAGUCACUGCAAUGCAGACCACCAGUUCUCUUUACUACCUGCCUGUCCCCCCUUUCAAGCAGAGCCAUGUCCUGCUUUUCCAUCCCCCAGGGCUGGAGUCGCCUUGUGGGGUACGAACACCGCUGUGUGCCCCCGGUGUGCAGCAGGAGAGGGGCUGGGGUUGGCUGUCCCUGGGCCCUGCGAAAUUUCUUCAGCUCCCGAGAUAUCAGGAGGAGGAUGCUGGCACAAGCCAGGCUGCACCAUGCCCCUCGGGGCAGGGUGCACAAGGUGCCUGAACCUCUGUACUAGCUCAGGACGGGAUCUCGCCCCUUGAAACACUUCCCCUGGCUGUGAGACCCCCUAGGGAUGGCCACCCUGCUCAGCUCCUGGUGCAGAGUCCUGGUCACUGAGGGAGUGCCGUGGUUCCCUGGCUGAGCCUGGCUGCAGACCCCGCUCGCAGCCCUGUGGCCAGACCCAGGCAGGCUCGCUGCUUGGUGGAGGGCUUUCGCCUCUGCGCUGCUGCCAAAUUAAUGAGUGUGUCCCCAGCCACCAGGCUUGUAGCAUGUACCUCCUCCCACAACCCGGACUGUCCCUGUCCCGCCAACUGGCAGCCCCAUACACGGGCUACUUCUUAAUUUGCCACCCAAAAAGAGAUGUCCGUAAUAAAAUUGUUCAUCCCACCUGCUUGGAUCCCUGGGAGAGUCUGUGGAGCGUGCUGAGCCCCUGCCAUGGGGAACGGUGCUGGAUCUGGCCGCCUCCAGGCUCAGCAGGGGUCCUGCUGGC